AUGGCGCUCUAUCAAACCGACCCGUCUUUCUCUUCCCACCUCCUCUCCACCCGUUCCAUCUUCAAACGUUGCAUCAAAUGCGAGUCCGCCGCCCCCCCAUGCCCCAAAUGUGAGGAGGGCACCACCUGUACCAUGAUCAGCCAGUCCUGCGACUCGUGCCCCACCACAAAAUGUAUCCCCACCUCCUCCGGCGGCAGCUCCGGCUCCGGGGGCUCGUCCGGCGAUGACGGCGACGGUGGUGGAGGCAGUAAUGCCGGCGCCAUCGCCGGUGGGGUCGUCGGUGGCCUCGCCUGCGUCGCCAUCGUCACCUUCCUGGUCUGGUGGUUCGUCAUCCGCAAGAAGCGCCAGGCGUAUGCCCAGCCGGGCGCAUCGGCCGAGAAGCGCAACGCCCAGGCGCGCAAGUCGACCCAGUCCAUCGCCUCCACCGUCCUCACCCGCGCCUCCAACGUCAUCCAGAUCGCCUACAUCCCGGGCGUCACCAACCGCUCCCCGCCCGAGACCCCCGGCUCGCUCGUCCCGCCCGUGCCCCCGCUGCCCGGCUCCUCCCCCGACCAGCACUUCUUCAUGCCCGGCGACCUGCGCGACUCCUCCUGGACCGACGCCUCCAGCCAGCACCGCAGCAUCGCCCCCAGUCUGCGCAGCAGCGUCGCCACCACCAUCUACCGCGACAACGCCAUCGUCAGCCCCAUGCCCGCCCAGCAGGCCAUGCGCAGUCGCGCCGCCGUCGUCAGCAUCCACGGCGGCAACGGCGCCCCCAUGCCCCCCGACGCCCCCGCCGUCCCCGCCAUCACCCCCGCCCAACUCGCCAGGGCCGGCGUGCCCGAGUCCACCAGCAACAGCUCGAUCGUCGCUCGGACCGUCAUCGCCAAGCCCGUCAUGGUCAAGGCCAAGAAACACAACAAAGCCGGCAGCGACGCCCCCUCGCCCGACGCCACCGUCGCGAGCAAGACGUCCGACGUCCCUACCUCGGGCUUCGACGCCAGCUCCGACGAGGAGGACGAGGAUGAUGCCCGCACCAUCCGCAACCAGCCUCCUGCAGCCACCCCGCGCGACGCCCAAUCCCGCACCUCCACGGUCAUUGAGGACUCCCCGGCCGCCCACCAGGGUCCGUUCCAGGACCAGGCCCACCCCGCGCCGCCGUCCCGCGAGGACACCCACGUGCGCACUUCGGCCUUCCUGGAGACCGACGAGCCACGGUCAAACCGCAGCAGUCGCGUUCCACCUCCACGGGUCGAAAGUCCAUUUUCCGACCUAAACGAGGUCAAAUGA